UUUUAUUACUCUUUCGACGCAGACCUCACGCGCAGCAUGCAGGCGCAGUACGAGCUCUGGCUCUCGCAAGACGUGCGCUACUUUUCGAGCUUCGACGACGUGGUGCAGACCGGCGUGUUCCGCGUGAACUGCCUCGACUGCUUAGACCGCACGAGCAUCAUACAGUGGGUGCUCUGCCAGCUGGCUGUGCUGCAAAUUUUGGAGGACAAAGAGCUGCUGCAACUCCUCACGCGCAUGUACUGCCACCGAUUCAGCGACCGCAGCAAGCAAGAGGCGAUCGACCUGCUGUGCGUCGCCUCGAACUCGAUCCGCAUGGGUGUGCUGAACACGCUCGGGAACAAGGGCGCGCCGAUCAGCUUCUGGCCUACCUACAAGUACUGCGUCAACAGCGACCUGUACGACUCGAACCGCUCUCCGUCCUGGUGCGACCGUAUCAUUUUCGGCGGCGUCGGCAUCGACACGGAGCGUAACAAACUGGUCGUGAAGGCGUACCAAACUAUUGAUGAUAUGAAGAUUAGCGACCACCGGCCGGUUUUUCUCUGGUGCAAAAUAUAG